CAUCCUCCUGUUUGUGGAGUAUUUUAGCGUUGCCGCCCGCCAAACCUAAGCAAUGAAAGCGAAAAAUUGUUUAGCAGCAUUCAAUAAUUCAAAUAUUUAGUUGUUAAAAAUUACAGUAAAUAUUAAACAUAUGAGCACGCCACCAGAUAGCACCAAGCACACACACACACACGCGCACACAAACAUAAAUACACAAACAUAUGAGAUACAUGGAGGAAUACGAAAGACGACGGCGACGGGAGCGUGAAAAAUAUGAACGCCAACAGGGCAUACAAAGUGAUGAUCGUGAGACUAGUCUAUUUAGUGAGCCCCGCCGUCUGACCGAAGGUGAUGCCGAGAUAACGGCGGCUCUGGGUGAAUUUGGUGAUGCCCGUAAUUAUAUCAAUCAGUAUACUGUGGGAAUAAGUCGGCAUGCACCGGGCGGUGGCAGUGGCAACGGCAGCAUCGGUAAUAAUCCACGCCUGCAAGCGCCAAUGAUUCAGCAGCAGGUCUCCUCAUCCAUAUCCUCAUCCGCAUCUGUAGCCUCCUCCUUGCUGCCGCCUGGCCUGGGACAAACCCAACAACAGCAGCAGCAACAACAACAACAACAACAGCCGCGACCUCCGACUUAUUUAAAACAGGCGGAUAAUAAACCGCCUUAUAAUGGACGCGGUGGUUAUCCUGGCCAACCGAUGAAGAAUGAUAUACCCUCAAGUAGUGGCAUGGCCCCACCAAGAGGACCACCCAAAUUAAAUUCAAAUUCAAGUUCCAUAACAAACAAUGCGGCCGCCUCAUCAUCAUCAUCCCUACUGGGUCCACCCAUAAGCACCCAAGUACCAAAUGGACGUGAGAAAUCUUUUUUGGGCCCACCGACGACGGGGACGGCACUGCAUAAUGGUGGCGGAAGAUUUGCCCAACCGGUGUCCAAUAAGCGACCAGGUGUUGGCAUACAACCACCGCCACCGCAAGAGAAGGAUGUUCGUUCAAUGCUUAGCGAAAUGAAGAAUCAUUUUCAAGUGACACCGCUGAAUCCGAUUGCAGCCACACCGCAGGCACCAACGCGGGAGAACUAUAAUCUAAAUGCUCCAAAUAAAUUUAAAUAUGCAUUUGAUAUUGUGGAUCCAAUAAUGCCGUUGCUUAACUCACCGCCAUCUGUAACGCCAUCCUCGCUGAUAACGCCCAUUGCACCGAUGACAUCACCAAUUGCACCAUUAUUGACAACACCGCCGCAGGCGAGUCAAUUGCCACUGGGCAGUGGGAGUGGUAAUGGUGCAGCCAUAUCCGCGACCUCAUUGUCUACAACAACAGCAGCAGCAGCAGCAGCAGCAGCAGUAGCAGGAGUUGCAGCAACGGUGGCCGCCACAGUUGCUCCCAUCCAACAGUUACCGCCUACGCCGCCCAAGGCAAUGUCUGUAACACCGCCAACGGCAAAGCCGCUCAAAAUCGAGAAGAAUCCAAUUCUAGAGAAACAGGAUUCAUGUCUCGAAAAUGAUCUGGAGUUAUCCGAAUCGGAGGAUGAACGAAAAAAGGAUGGACGCUCGCCGGGCAGUAGUAGUAAUGGUUCUGAAUCAGAUUCCACGGAAUCGGGUAGUGAAUCCAGCAGCAAGGGUGAACAUAAUCAUCAUCAUCAUCACCAGCAACAGCAGCAGCAAACACAACAACAACAACUACAUGGACAUCACCCACAGAGUCAUCAUCAUCAGCAAUUCCUUCAGCAGCAACUCCAGCGACAGCAGCAACAGCAGCAACAACAACAGCAACUGACUGCAAAUGGCGGCAAAAAGAAAUAUAGCCAGACAAUCAUUGCAAGCGGAGCUAAUACCAUAACAGGCCUUUUAACUUCAAGUGGUGGACUGGGAUCAAGCAGCGGCAACAACAGCAGCGGUGGUGGUGGUGGCAGUGGCAAUGGUGGAACCACCAGCAGUAGCUCAGGCGGUUCAAUGGGAGGCAGUGGUGGCAGCAGCAGUAGUGGUGGUGCUAGCGGUGGCGGCGGUGGAGGGGGCGGUUCCGGUAGUAGCUCUGGCAUUGGUAGUGGCAGCUCAUCAAAUAAAACGCCAUCGCCAACCGAUAGCAAUAAAUGGAAUCUUAGUCGCUUCUUUCACAAACCCACCAGUCAAACGAGCUCCGAGAGUGUAUCGCCCGGUAAUGUUAGCAUGAAAGUUCCGGGCAUAUUGCCUGGUGGAGCACAAAUCAUACCCGAAUCCAUAGAUGUCACAACGGCCAUUGUGAAGAAUGAGAAAAUUCAUCAUGAUGACCAUCUAAUGGACAUCGAUGAAUGUGAUGAGGAUGAUGAUGAUGUCGAUGAGCAGCAUCAACAAUUACGCUACGGCGCUGGUCUAAGUGUCACACCGGUGGCUGUUAAAAAGGAAGAGGAUCUGGGUCUAUUAACCGCCGCUGCCAUACCAAAAAGCCAAAUAAAAAGGGAAAGUGAAACACAAAUCUCGCAUCAACGUCUAUCAGAGUCAGCAACAAGUGGCAGUUCAUCCUCGUCAUGCAGUAGUUCCGAUUCGGCGGCAAGUGCCAGUGAAGUUGUACCCAUGCCAGGACCAGGUGAAACUUUACAAAUUCCCGGUGUACCGGCUGCCAUAACCUCAGUGAUGCGUGUGCCACCCAUAAAUAAUAUGCAAAAAUCACAAUCGAUGAGUGUUACGGUGACACCGAUAGCUCCACUGCCCGCCUCACCCAAGCCGAGGCAAAAGAAGCCGCGUAAAAAGAAAAUGAUGUCUGUAUUGACGCCACCGCUGCUGGACUCCAGCGAUGAAGAUGAGCCGUCAACAAAGCAUUCUUCUCUUGUGGUCGCUCAGGCUCAAGCUGCUGUAGUGCCACCUCCCAGCACCAAUAGCACAACCACCAGCGCCACCACGACCAAGAAAGGACGUGGUAGACCUAGAAAACAGCAGCAACAACAAAGCGCUGGUAGUGGCAAUUUGAGUAGUGCAUCGGCUGGUAGUAGUUCUCAAGCGAAAGGACCAACGCUGACGGCUGCCAAGAAGACACUAGUCAAAGCUUCCGCCUCUUCCUCCACCUCCAAUACCAAUUCAUCAUCCGUUCUACCCCGAAAACGUGAGCAUUCCAGUCAGAGCAGCUCCAAUGGGAAUACGCCCACCAAAAAGAUGUCCAGCAUACCAAUGAUGCCGGCAGCAGCAGCGUCGGCGGCGGCUACUCUCCUUCAGCCGCCAGCAGUAGCAGCAGCUAAUGCAGUUGCAGCAAGUAGCAGCAGCUCCGAUGAGGAGAGCUCAUCCAGUUCUUGUUCCACUUCCAAAUCGAGCAGCUCAUCCAGCAGCAGUGAUGAUACGGAAACCCAAAAAACAAAUUGUCGCAUUGUCAAAUUGAACAAAACGGUUCCGGUCACAGCCGCAAUGGCUCCAUUAGCCAAACGGUCGAGCUAUCAUCGUCGUAGUGGCAGUAGCUCGCCAACAAGUAGCAGUAGCGAGACGGACAAACCCAAUUCCAAUAGUCACAAUAAUCUUGGCAUUGCUGCCAUCUCCAACUCCAACUCCAACUCUAACAAUAAUGUCAUUGUCAAUAAUAAUCUACAGCAGCAAGCUAUGCCUCAACAGUCACCGUAUAAGGUUCCGCUUAGUGGUGGCAGCCAACAAUUGAGUAGCUCGGAUAGUUCCUCAUCUUCCAGUGGUAGCAGCAGCUCUAGCGGUGAUGAGGACGAUGCCAAACGGGAGAAGAAUCGUGAAAGAAAGCCUAAAAGUGAUAAGAAUAAAAUAAGUACACUUACCCGCAUAUUUAAUAACAAAGAAGGUGGAGCCAAGAAGCAAGGCCAAGUGGUGAUUAUCGAUCAAUCUGAAGAGCAAUUGCAACAGCAGCAGCAACAGCAGCAGCAGGUACAGAUCAGGGAUCCACUACCACCCCCAUCAUUACUAUCCCAGAGUGGUGGAGUCAAGCAAAGAAUGACGCCCACCCAGCAACAACAAUUGGGAGCAGGACUGGCCUCUCCGGCCAGGACAACAACGCCACUUCUCACCUCGCUGAUAUGCAAAAUCGAUUUGAGUAAACUCUCCCGAGAGCGUAUACUCCGUCUAAAAAAACUGGCACCAAGCAGUAGUAAUCAACAGAAUGGUCAUCUCACUCCCAAUGGCCAUGUCGUUCAGGGUGGCAGCUCGCCAGCGGGAUUAUCAAAAGUUAAACAUGAGCAUCAUCAACUCCAUCAUCAUUCACAACAAGCGCAUUCUCAUCCUGUUAAGCCAGAGCCAGAGCUGGACUCGUUAUAUGAGACCAAAUUUCGGCCCACCAAUGUCAAACAGGAGUUCCAGCUCAAACAGGAGCGGGAUCGGGAUCGGAACAGGGAACGCGACCAGCAGCAACAACCUCCGCCACGUAGACGCAAACGGAGCUCUAGCUCCAGUUCCAGUCCAUACAAGGAAAAGAAACGAAAAAAGGAGAAAACCGAUCCAAUGCUCACCAAUGCCAAGGAUCAAAUGUUACAAAUUAAUCCUAUGCUCUUGCCUUCCAAUAAUCAUGAGCGAUUAUCCUAUGAUAAGUAUCAAUUGCUGCAAGAAGAUGCCGCUGCGGCUGCUGCUGCUGCCGCCGCCGUUGCUGUGGUAAAUUCCUCCAAUGGCCAGAAAUUGUUCCAAUCAUCAAUUGGUGGUGGAACAGGAGCAACAGCUGUCGGUCCUCUAUCCAUUAUGGCGCCAUCCACCUGCAGCGAGGCAGUACAAACGACACCGCCAACCUCAGUGACAGGAGCAGGAGCGCCGGCAUCACUAGUAUCCCAACCACCACCACCACCACGUUUAAUCUAUCGAUCGUACUUUGAUCGAGAGGAAGAGCAUCCCAGCGACGAUCUUAGAAAAAGCAAACAGUUCCUGCAAGAGGCUGUCCAAAGAAAGCAUGCCGCCGAUUCAGAGCGUGAUUCAUUCAAUCAGGUCACUCUCUAUCUGGAGGCAGUUGCAUAUUUCCUUCUCACCGCCGAUGCCAUGGAACGUUGUAGCUCUGAGACGGCCACAUGGACAAUGUAUAAGGAUACUCUGUCGCUUAUUAAGUUUAUUUCAUCAAAAUUUCGACCGUAUCAGCAGUCGGCAAACUGCCAGCAAGAAACGCACAACAAGGUGGCCAUACUAAGUUUACGCUGCCAAUCGUUGAUAUCCUUAAAGCUUUUUAAAUUGCGGCGAGUCAAUUGUCGCGCCAUUAUCAAUAGCUUAACGGAUUUCUUUCGCAAUGGCAGAGGUGAUAUAGUGAAUGGCAAUACACCUUCAUCGAUAUCUCCAUCGAAUUCGGUUGGCUCACAGGGCUCCGGUUCGAAUACGCCACCUGGUAAAAUAGUGCCUCAAGAUAUACACAAUCAACUGUGCAAGCAGAACGAGUAUCUAACCUAUGUGAAUAGUGCUCAUGAGUUGUGGGAUCAAGCCGAUCGAUUAGUUCGCACCGGCAAUCAUCUAGAUUUUUUCCGCGAACUGGAUCAUGAGAAUGGCCCGUUGACAUUGCAUAGCACCAUGCAUGAGGUGUUUCGAUAUGUUCAAGCGGGUCUUAAAACGCUCAGGGAUGCUGUAUCGCAUCCGACGCAUCAGUCGCAGUAGCGACAACAGCAACUACAGCAACAAAAACAACAACAACAGCAACAACAACCACAACAACAGAAACACCACCACCAAACGUGUCUAAAUGAAAGUCAGGCCAAAUUAGUAACUAUUAUGUACUACUACAAGCUAAUAAUUUAUAGUUAGAAACAAAAAAGAAAAGAAAAAAAAAAGAAACAACCUUCCAAUAACAGC